UGAUUAUACAAGUAGAAAUGUAUGAAAAUCUAAAACUUAACACACAAGUUCACUUCUCAAAGUAUACUUUCCAAUUCUCCAAAAUUAUAACCCACCAAUUUCCGCCGAAGGCCAAUGGAGGACUACAAAUGCAUAAAAAUCGAGCGACAAAACCCAAACUCCGGAGUCUUCCAUCUCCGCCUCCAUCGUCCAUCACACUACAACGCUCUCACAACCCAACUCUUCACCGAACUUCGUCAAGCCUUCUCACAUCUAGACCAAAACCCCGAUGUCCAUGUCAUCAUCCUAUCUGGAUCCGGCAAACACUUCUGCGCCGGAAUCGACCUCAAAUCCACAGCCUCUAACUUCGAGAAGCAUCUAUCGGAGGAACGGGGACGAGCCGGGGAAAGAAUCCGACGGGAAAUCAAGUGGAUGCAAGAGUCAAUCACGGCGAUUGAGGAGUGCCGGAAGCCGGUGAUAGCAAGCAUCCAUGGAGGGUGUGUUGGAGGAGGAAUUGAUAUAGUGACGGCAUGUGAUUUGAGGUAUUGCACGGCGGAGGCGGUGUUUUCGGUGAGGGAGGUUAAAUUGGCGAUUACGGCGGAUCUUGGGACUUUACAGAGGCUGCCGAGAAUCGUAGGGUAUGGGAAGGCGGCGGAGUUGGCGUUGACGGGCCGGAAUUUUUCGGGCUUGGAGGCUAAGGAAUUGGGCUUGGUUUCUCGAACUUUUGAUUCUAUAUCGAAGCUUCAAGAUGGAGUCCUCAAAAUCGCUGAAGAAAUAGCAUCAUCAUCUCCAUUGGCUGUGGUGGGAACAAAGGCAGUGCUACUAAAAAGCAGAGACCUAAAUGUAGAACAAGGGUUAGAUUAUGUUGCAACUUGGAACUCAGGGACUCUACUCUCCGAUGAUCUCAAAGAAGCCAUCUCCGCUCAAGCUAGCAAACGCAAACCCAAGUUUUCCAAGCUUUAAGAUGGAGAGAGACGUGAACACUUCAUCUCUUCAUCAAGAAACUCAAGUUAGGCCUCUUGCUCUCAAAGCAGCUACAUCCUACAUUUUAUUCUUGAUUUCUUGUUCUCAAUAAUAACAUGAAAUACUAUCGUGUAUGUGCCUUUUCUUUUCUCAAUCACCUUUGGUUUUUCUUCUUCUUAGUAAAAACCAAAAAGUAAAAUUGAAUAUUUCAAGAUCCAUACUAUGUACAUUCAUUACCUAGGACGAUAAACGAUGCAAGAUCACAUCGAUUGUAUUUAUCAUUCAUUACAUAGGACGAUAAACGAUGCAAGAUCACAUCGAUUGCAUUAAAUCCAAGUUGUUUUGGUUAUUUUCAAACUUGAA